CUCAUCACGUUCUCAUAAAAGUUGUUUGAUGAACAUUGGCUCUUUUUUGUUGCCUUUGCCUUUACCACGGGACGGUCAGAUGCUGUGUUGUAUGUGAUGUGAAUGUUACUCUGUUACUAAGUGUAUACGAGUGUUUUCCACACUGGGACGUCACGAAAAAAAAGAAAAAGAGCCGGUCAGAAAUCACUGAGGUCUGUUCUCUGAGUAGAGCCUGUAUAGUUCAGAUGUGUGUGGACAGCAUUUUGUAAGCUGGACAUUUGUGUGAGUAGACCAGCUAGAGGAAGUUAUUUAUCUAGUGGAACGCACUGUACUUCUGACUCAAUGAGGGAUUUCACUCGCGUCCGCCGAGGGAAGUCACGUCGAGGCGGGAUAGGUCUUGGACUGCUCGGCACUUCCAUUUUCACCCACUAGUAGGCGAUAAAGAGUAAACCAGUAAUUCUAUGUCUGUCUGACGUUUUCGUUUAAUUUAAAGCGCAAAAAUAAAAUAAAACGAGGGAGUCAAAAUUGGUUCACAACUAUCAUUCAAAAAGUGUAAAAAAAAAAGUGACGUCAGUAAUAUAAUGUAAAAUAAUUUACAGUAAAAAGCGCAUGACCCAGAGUUAAACAUAACUCGGUGUUAUCAAGAAUAGAGUGCGAUAAAGGCCAAUAACAGAAAGUGACAAUAAGGGUUAUGGAAAUUAAUUAUAAUAAUAAAAUAAACUAUAAAUAUAUAGUUUAAUAGUUAUGAUGUGAAAAUGUACUACAUGCCGAUGUGGCCCAUGACCAGGUGGAGUUGCGCUUUUUUCAAACUAUAAAAAUGUGAAAAUCUUCAUUUUCUGCACAGUAUCUAGACUUUAGUUUAUUAGAAACAAAACAUUUCGGACAUGCAAGUAGACUAUAAAGUCUACCUACCAUCUUGUUACAUAUUAGAUAUGUAACAAUAUUAGAUAGGUUGUUACAUAUAUAAUAUUAUGUAACAAUAUUAGAUAUGUAACAACAAAAGAUUUUUAACACGUUUAUUUAAUUAUUUUUUUUUAAAAUAUUUUUUGUAAGUAAAAAGCAAGUACUAAAACUGCAUUUUUUCAGUUAAAUAUCAUCACAAACAUCUUUUCAUAUGCCUCUUUUAUUCCCCAGGUGAAUGAAGUUAAACAGUGGAAAUGUCAGGAUCUAAUGAACUGCACUAAACUGUCACAUUUACAGCAUGGCCUUCGCCUGGUGACCCAUUAAAAAUCAGUACACGCAGAUAAACCUAAAGGUCUGGUUUGUUAGUGCAAUGGAAAAAAAAAAUUGAAAGCUGCAGUCACACAUUGAACCUAGAUUAGUUUGGUGAAUAAACUUGUAUUUGGGCUGCGGAUCUUGUUGUUAAAACGGUUUCUCUCAUUGAAUCAAAUGCUUUAUUGUUUAGUUUUGUGGCGCGCAGUGUUGUAGUUAGUCCCACAGCUUAGCAGACCUAAUUAGUGUGUAUGUAUGUGUGUGUAAGGUGCAAACUUCACGCCAUCAGGAUAAUCAACUCGUGCUUAAAGAAGGCCCGGUCACUGAAUGGUCUAUUGCCUGAAAAAAAGUUGAGGUGGGGACUGCCAAGGACAACACACCAAGGACCCUGCAUGUACUAAACAAACUGUUUUCUCCAGCCUCUGGCUUGUCCUUCCAACUGUGCCAACACACGCAGUCCCCCCCGCAGGGGACUUUUUGUGGCACAGACUCAUACCUUGGCCGUGGCAGCUUGUCUCCAUGGCGUAUCUCUAGUCCUAACCUCAUGGGAGAGUUUACUUGUAUUUUCAGGCUUGCUUCGCUGUGCACCAAAGUGGUACAAAGGCCCAUUCAUGCCCGAGAGUGGCUCCAUUCAUGGACACUGAGUAAUUGCCGGUAGAAUUCAUAAUUAGUCUGUGUCUUCCAUCUCCGAGGCUCACGGGUGGAAAUGACGCCACAGUUGGUUGUUUUAAGGAUAGCAUUAAUAUUCAAAUCCACGCUUGAGUCACUGUUUUGUUUGUAGUUGGGUUUCCUUUGCAUGCUCUGCAUUGUUUGCUUCCCACUUCGGCAUUGGAGUUAUCAUGGACAGGAAACAAAGCAGGUCUUUGAAGCGAAAGAUUGCAGUGAUAGUAGAAUGGAGACCUUGGGUUGCCCUCCAGGCAGUGUGGUGCUUUCAUUUUAAUGUGAAAUGGGUCUUUUUAUUUCAUUGCAUAAGCACAGUAUGUGUCCGCCUUAUUGUAUUUUAAUUCUAAAUGUUGCUUUCAAUGCAAGAAGAAGCACAAAUAUGUAAAGUACAAUAUAUGGGGAGAACAAAGAUUUAGAGGUAUGUCAUUGAGUCAAUGCAGCUGGGUGCUUUGCUGCGUCACUGCUGGGAAGACACAGGGGCACCACUCAGUUUUAAACUCCUUCAGUUGUCUGAUGGUCUGCUUAACCUGAGCUGCACAUCUGACCAUAAGCCAAAACCGCAACAGCAAGGUUGACAUCAUCAUCUAUCAUAAAAAAAAAAAACCAGGAUGACCUUCACCUUUGCCCUGAUACAAGUGUCCAUCGCCCUGGAAUGAUAUCAGUUGCUGUGCAUCAUAUCAGGAGAAACAGUCAUCAUCUUUAUAGAUAUAUGCUAGUUGAGAAUCUUAAUCAUCAGCAUGGAUGUCACGUACAGUCUUAUACUUAUAAGUCUGUACUUAUUUCAUUGCUUUGCCUGUCUGCACAAAAUUCUCUCUCACCUUAACCCCUUAAAAUAUUUUAACAGUAAGACAUUUCCUAGUCAUUCGCAGUGUGCCACUUUUUAAGUGCACUUUUGUUCUCAGCCAGUAGGCUAACAAGGUUAGGGCUUGUGACCCUGUCAGACUUAAACUAAAUUUUCCUUCAAGUGCAUCUAUAAUCGCGGUGCUUUGGGGCUGUCUCAGCGGUGGAGUUUGUCAUCCAGCAUCACAGGAAUUCUGGACAAUAAGCCCCUUUUGUGAGGGCAGAUACUGGAGCGUUGCACAGAGACGAAGGAGGGUGCAGGAGUACUGUCGCCCUCCCACAUCUGACCCAGAGGUUGUGUAAUACCCUGCUCAUCAGACAAAUAGCUUUAAACUGGAUACAUAUGGUGGCUGAGAGAGCAGGCUGAAGCAAUUUUCUUGGCUUUUGUUGUUACUCGUUUCCUCAAGGCUCACCUAAAACAUGCGGGGUAUCGCAAGUCGUUUGUUUACUGCGUCUAGUGAAAAGUGGCAUAUGUUCAAAAUGUAAACGUUUCUUUUGCCCUGCUUUCAUAACCUUUUUGAGAAUAGGAAAAAGCUAUUGGAUAUAGUUGUGUAAUGAUACUUUUACUACACUGAAAUGUGAAUGAUAUGAAUGUUUUUCACAAUCCUGCAAAUCUACAUACUAAACAUAAAGAAUGUCAUGAAAUGUUACAUCCUUUGAACUUUGUUAUAUGUUACUUAUUCAAUGUAAAAUACUUUGCUUUAUAUACAAUUUUCAUGAAGUAGUCCAUCUGUCUGUAAUAUAUGCUGUAUGCUUGUGUAUGUGCAGUUAUCUUGUAUUGUUUGCUGCCUUUUGCCUUGCCUGGUAAGAUAAGAACGUGCAGCUGAGUGUGAUGGACGGUGAUGAGAUCCAGCUGUACCCUGCUUAUGGGCAUUUCACACCAGCAAAGCUUACCACUGGCUAGAAUGAAGCUGUGAUGGGUUUGACGGAGCUGACUUGUGUUGGAGCUUUAGAUCGAUAUCAAACAGAGCUUCUUAUAAGAACACGAUCUCUUCUACAUCAUGGCCAGGAGUCAGAAUAAUUUGUGGAGACAGCAUGACCUGAACAGAGUGCAGAGCUUUGGCCUGAGGGCUUACACAGAGCAAACCCUGAAGGAGCUUCAACAGCAACAGCAAAUGGCCAACGAGUUUAACUCCAACCCCUCUCUCUCCCAGCCUCCAUUUUUUUCUGAUUCCUACCACCUAGCAUCAGACAACAUGCUGCUGCCCAUUGAGGGAGACCAGGUGGUUCCUUCUUCCCAGAGACAGGCAGUGUUCGGGGUUGAUCAGAGGGAGGCCAAACCCUUGCCACCUCUGCCAGACCCCGAGGAGCUUAUGUCAGAUGAAGCAGCUGAUAGUGAGGUUGAGUUCUUUACCAGUGACCGACGGCCCCUUUUGCCCAAGAGCUGCCCUAAGCCUAUCUGCAGGAACAGCAGCAAAGACUUUGGCCAAGUAAAUUAUGCCUACCAAGAGAGUUCAUUGAGGGCUGGAGAUGCUGGCGUUGGAUCCAUGGCAUUCUCUUGGCCAAGCAGAGAGGGCCGGCCAACAUUUGGAGGAGGCAGGUUUGCGGCCGACAUUUGGUGCCUUGGUCACCAGACAGAUGAAAACCAGCCUGUGGUGUCGGAAGCUGAGGAUACCUUUGGAGCCAAACGGCCAGAGCAGAACCUAUUACCUAGAAUCCAAUUUUUUGGCUCGGGUCCUUCCACCCAACCACACGCCAGCACCUCAUCAUGGUCCACUGACAGGCCACAAAUCCCUCCUCGUAUCCCCAUCCCACCAAAAUCAAAGACUGGGACCGAUGAAGACAAACCUCCCAAAAUCCCUCCUAGGGUGCCUUUAGUCCCACCCUGUCCACCACGCACCCCAAGCCCUAAAAGUCUUCCAAUUUAUAUCAAUGGAGUGAUGCCUGCCACUCAGAGUUUUGCUGCUAACCCCAAAUAUGUCAGCAAGGCGUUGCUGAGACAGAUGACAGGUGAGCCACCUGCAACCCAGUUUUCUCCCUGCAUUGUUCCGAUUUUGAAGGAUGGCAGAAAGGCCAGCGGGACACACUACAUCCUGCUGCCGCCGGGCCGACCGCCAAACACAGAGAGAAGAGAAAGACUCCUGAGUGAACCUGCUAAGACAGGGAACAGCAGCUUCUGGCAGAAAAGGUAGAAAUCAUCUCACCAUGUCUGAAACUAGACGAGUACAAAACGGUGACUGACGUUAUUAAUCACUCUGUGAUACACAACUGUACAGUGUGCGAUGAUAUCUGCUCACAUGUGUAACGUAUUGGUAUUUUCAUUGACUGACAUGUGUUUGGUGUAAUAUCCACGAGGUUUUUUUGACUGAACAUUUUACCAAUCAGUAUUUUAGAGACGUCUCUUCUACUUCGACCACAACGACAAUACACAAUAAUAUAGUAUUUUCACAAAUAGAGAACAAAUAUUUAUUUUCUAUCACCAUUUGUCAGUUUUUGAUAACUAAGAUACUGCCGUUUCCUUACUAAAAAAAAAAUAGUAUGAUCACUUAUAAAUUUUUAAAGUCUGACAGUCGUAUGCUCAUACCACUAAAAACAGCCUUAGCUAUGCAACAUAUACCUUACAAGAGAGCACGUCUUUAUAAAUGUACAAGCUGGGCUUGUGCCAAACUGUUCCACGUCUGUUAUUUUUUAUCACAAUGCUGCUUGAAAAAUAUAAUGUGUUGAUAGAUUUGAUGUUUUUCCAAAUAAUUAAAGUACUAUUUGAAUAUUUUAGCAUCUUUUCAGGUAAACUUAAUAAAGUGCUCCAUUAAAAAAUACCAGAUUAUAAAGAGUUAGCCAAGUGCAAGUCUAAAGAUUCUUGACAAAUUUUAUAGUAAAUUUGCAAAUGAACAUGUUAGAUCACCCCCCCCCCACACACACACACACAGUCGAUGCAGCUAAUAUUGGGUGUUUGCGCUUUUGAAUUAGCUUAUGAUUUCAGUAUCACAAAGCUGAUUGAGAUAAGAUAGCCUUAUCACUCCCAAAGUUUAGAAAUUUACAUCAAACUACAUUAACUACAGAAAAGUGUCAAUUUGUUCAUUUUAAUCAGUGUGUAUUUAAAGCUAGAUUCUAAUUCAUUUUCAUUAGAAACUUUGUUGAAAACCUGCAGUCACACUUAUGUUCACAGGUCUUUAAACAUAUGAAGAGCAAGUCAGAAGUUUUUACUUGUUGCAUUUGUAAAUAGAGCUGAAAAAUUGUCAUUAGCUGAUCCUCGUGAAAUUUUUUAAUGAUGUAAAUCUGAUGUUGUGUAUACUUUUUUUUUUUUACUGUGUGGGCAUGGAAGUCAUGUUACGUUUACACUGCUGAGGUGCAGGCCCACAUUUACCUUUGUUACACCAACCUCUAUGAAGUUCUCAUGAAGGUUCUGUAUCAGACUUGGCCCAUUCAAAGGCUGUUUGUAAGUUCAUAAUUCUGUGUCAAUUGUAAAAAUUGUCUUUAAUCUAUUUAUAGAAAUAAAUAACUUAUUCAUUCUA